UCGUGUUGCGAAAUUUAUUUAGUGAAAAAGCGUAUUAAAAUAUAGUUUUUUAUAGUUUAAAGUGUUUACUGCUUUAAUUUAAGUGUGCUACUAAGUGUGUAGUGAAAAAAACUGACUGUGUAAUGUAUGCUAAUAGUUUUCUACGCCUUGAAAAAAUUGCGUAUCGUUGUUGCUACAAGUGUGUGCGUUUUUUGUAAUAGACUCUCGUUCGUCACUCGUACGCUCGUUCGUUGUUCCGGUUGCUGUCUUCCAUUUACUGUGAGGCAUCGUUGAAACACUUUCAUUUUGCUGUAGUACAUAAAAGUGGUAAAUGUACCGCCUUUAUGAUGAUGCUGCUAGACCUCCGCGCCUCAAAACCCGCGUUACUUGUUUGACGCUGGCUAAACGCUGACGCUGCUGCUGUUGCAUUUAAAUGAGUUGCACAGCGUCGCCAUUCAGUCUGCACGUUUUCAUCGUUAUCAGCCGGGAUUAAGGCUGAAGGAUUAAAGGUGCUUCAACUGUGUGACGGAGGAGCAACACAGCAUCCCAAAUCCCAGACUUAUACGCACAAGCAAAUACGUCGUCAUAUUCGCAUUUUGCCUAAGCAAAUCAGCUGUCAAGUAGCAACAAAGCCUCAAUCUGACAUACUGGAGCUCACACAUAUUAUUCGUGGUCUCAACAGUGCGAACUACCAACCCACCUGCUACUAAUCUACUCUGAGCGGUACUUUUAAGUGGAUAAUUUACUUUGCCUCAUAAGCAUAUGCAUAAAUGCAUAUAAACAAGCGGAAGUCACCAGUUCGUGCUUGUGCGUUGGUUCUGUGACUGGCCGGCGUCUGUGUAUUACUUGUAAAUCUCAACGUUUCCGGUUUUGCUGCGUUGCAGUAUUUAUGAAUAGUGUCAGUGAAGUGGAGCGCUCUUCUGGCGGAUAUUUUCAGUGAACGUUACAUUAUGCACACUUUGCGCGCGCAAAGCCUUUAACGAAACGCCUCGAACUCGAUUACUCUAAACACGCACUCGGCCCGCUUGAGCGCCAGCGACGCGCCCACAAAUGUCUGACGAAGUGCCUUCGGGGCGCUUAUCGCAAAUCUUCGAUUCGCUCACCAAUCUACAGCAACAACAAGUGCUACAAGCGCGUCGCCGCUCCGCCUCUUCAUCGUCGCCUUCGCCGGCGAAUUCUGGUCGCGCCACACCAUCCACAACUGCCAGCGCCGGCCAACAACCGUUUGCCUUUCACCACCAGCACUUCAGCAAUCAUGCGCAUGCGUAUUAUAUGCGCGCACAGGAUGGCAAUGCCUAUAUGCAUACCUUUCCGGCGGCGGCGGCGACGCAAGCGCAUCAUCAUCAACAUCACUUGCAUCACAUGCAAUCGGCGCACUAUUAUGCGCCGCAACAAAACGCACAACAACAACAACAGCAGCAGCUAUAUUGCGGCGCGCAGCAACAGCAAAUGUCGUUGCCACCAAUGUAUGCCUCACAGUCGUUGAACUCAUCGCCGUUGCUCACAAAACGCGCCACCUCCUUCAGCGGUAACAUACCCUUAACGCGUCCGCACUGCGAAAAUGUUGCCGCUAUGCGCAUAUCGGCGGCCACAACGGGCGCGAGUGGCAAUGGCGUCUCGCAAUCGACACCGAAUAGUCCGCGUUUGAUGCCGCGUCGCGUGCAACGGCCACCGCCCAUACCGGCAAAGCCAACCGCGGCGUCGCUACAAAGCGCGGGUGGUGGCGCUAUGGCUAAGAAGCCCGUCUCAGCUAGUGGCAGUGAUGCCUCGGAAAAGUCUGAUUCGGGCACGGUGCAGCCGGCUGCCGGUGCGGCGAUUAAUCCGGGUUUAGCCGCAUUAGAUACCGAUGCGCCUUGGCCACAUUUCUCCACACUCACCGAACAUUUGGACGUACAUCAGGUCAACAACUACGCGCAGCCAGUGCCGGAGAUUAACUGGCAAGAACGCUGUCUGGAGCUACAACUCGAACUGCAUCGUUCCAAGAAUCAAGCUGGUCGCAUACGUGAUAUGCUACGUGAAAAGAUUCCUUUCAUAUUUCAUUACGAUGUGUCUGUGUUGCUGGACAUAUACUUAUGUAAGCAAUAUGGUGAUUAUUCAGUUCAAAAGUCAAAUUUAAUACCAACAAAUGUGUUAUCCGAGUUGGAGCAACGCGUCGUCGAGGCGGAAGAACGCGCUGAAGAAGCGGAAGAUAAGGUGCGGGCUAUGGAACAGCGGCUGAGUGAAUGGCCCAAACCACCACAGUCAGCCACCAACUCGCCGAUCCAUCAAAGCCAACAACAAUUGCAACAACAACAAUCAACACUAACCGCACAGCAAUCAGCUAGUCUUCCCACCCAAGAGGCUGAGAAAACCAUCAACUCAUUGGAAAUACAAGUUGAGGAGCAACGUCAAUUGCGUCUACACGACGCUCGACAAGUCGAAGCUAAAGCGGCCAAAAUCAAAGAAUGGGUCACCAAUAAGCUACGUGAACUUGAAGAACAAAAUCAAUUGUUACGCGAACAGAAUGUCAAAUGUAAUCAACAAUUGGAAUUGUUAAAGAAUCAUAUCGCCAAUCAAUCGAAUCGACACAGUAUAGUCGGCCCGCAUCCAGUGCGCAAUAGUCUGAGUUUGGAUGUACAAGAGUUCGCCGACUCGGCAGAGGGACGACGUCGCAGUGAAAGUUUAGAUCCACAAGAGAUCAUCAAUCGCCCGUUAACCGCUUCAUAUCCGCAUCAUCAACAUCGACGCAACCUCAGCAUGGAACCGCAAGAGCUCGAACGGAACUUGGUUGCGGCCGUCGAUGGUUUAACGCUCACACCACUAGCCAGCAUCUCGAAAGCGUCCACAACGCGACCGGACAGCUCGGAUACUGAUACAGCGCACGAUUAUGCUGAGAUCUAUACACCGUCGUGUGAGAAGCUACCAGCUUGGAUGAAGAACAAUCCAGCGUUGAUGGCGAGCGGCGGUAAUUCGAGCACCACUACCACAACCAGUGAUUUGGGUGUACCGCGCCCGCCAACGCCACCAUUACAUCGCUUCCCCAGCUGGGAGGCGAAGAUUUAUCAAGUAGCCAACGAUGGCUUGAGUGGUGUGAGUGAGGAGAAUCUAGUGCAGCAGCAGCAUGAUAUUCAGCAGCCACACUCCCAGCCGCCACCCGACAUACAGGAGUCCACAAGUGGCGCGGCGUCGGCAGGCAGCAAUAGCGCCUGCAAUACGCUUGCGAAUGGUGGCGGUCAUGGACGUGCUACGCCUUCAAAUAACGGUACAUUGGGCAGUACGCGUGGCGAGUCGGUUGCUGGCGGCAAUGGUGUACCCGGCACACCACAACUGCCCACACGUCAACAGCAGACUGCAAGCGGAGGUUUCUGUGAUAUAUCGGUGCCCGUGUAUGCCACCGUCAAAGGGCGCGCUUCCCAAAUACGUUCCAUGCCCUUCACGGGCGACUCCAGUGACGACUCGAGCGAUGGCGAAGAUCAUGCCGUUAUGCUAACGCACAAUUCACACAACUCAUCGAGCACCGACAACACGGAAACAUCGACAUCGGGUAGCGCAUCAAGUCCAUCGAAAAGUCUAAAGACAUCGUCAAGUUUGAGUCCGGCUAAGCGUAGCGGUUCAGAGAGCCCAAAGAAUACGAAAGCUCGUGCUCACCAAAUGCACAUAUCCAACACACAUUACACCAACACAAAUAUCAAACAUAACAAUCAUUACAACACAAUGCACACAUACAACAAUACACAACAUUUGGGUCCUUACACCAAUACACAAACAUUACCGUUACCAAAUCACAACAACAAUGCCAACAAUCACGCGACUACCAACAAUCAUCUACGUCUCCCCCACAUGCGUGGUACAGUAAUUUCAGAUAUUUCCUUUGAAUCAGGCCUGUCGGAUGAUUAUGCAUUGCCACCGGAUGCGGUAUCUGAGUCCACAUGCAUGGAUGCCUCCAUGCCGUCGCUGCUAAUGCGGCAAUCGUAUGUGGAUUCGCCGAGUAAGAAGAUCGAAUCGUUGGAAAAGAUGGGUCAUCUCGCCAAACUCGGUGGCAAACUGAAGACCUGGCGCAAGCGUUGGUUUGUCCUUAAGAAUGGCACACUCACCUACUGGAAGAGUCAGCACGAUGUGAAUCGCAAGCCACAAGGUCAAAUCAUGUUGGAUGAGGCGUGUCGCAUUAAUCGCGCCGAAGGUGCUUCCACAUUUGAGAUUGAUACCGGCAAAAAGGUUUACUAUCUCACCGCCGACUCCAAUGCUACGAUGGACGAUUGGAUACGCGUGCUACAGAAUGUGCAGCGUCGUAAUGCGACCAAGCUGCUGUUGAGUCGUGACGAUCAGAAACCCACCAUACAGGGUUGGGUCACUAAAGUGAAGAACGGACAUGCGAAGAAGUGUUGGUGUGUGCUUUUGGGUAAAAUGUUCCUCUACUUUAAGGCGCCGGGCGAGACGAAUCCACUCGGUCAGAUAAAUAUGCGCGAUGCACGCGUCGAAGAAGUCGAACAUGUUUCCGACUCCGACUCGGAGGAACGUGAAGAUCCGACACAGAGUCAGGCACGUCUUACCGUUGCCAUUUAUCCAGCACAUCAAGGUCCCACAUACCUUAUACUACCCGGCAAACAGGAACGUGAUAAUUGGCUAUACCAUUUAACUGUGGUGUCGGGUGGUGGUCCAAAUGCGGGCACACAAUACGAGCAACUCGUACAAAAACUUAUGGAGACUGAUGGAGAUCCCAAUUGUGUUCUAUGGCGCCAUCCAAUUUUAUUACAUACCAAAGACGCCAUCACAUCACCGCUUACCUCGCUACACUCGGAAGCCAUGCAGCCCGAAGCUAUUAAAUUGUUUAAGAGCAUUCAACUAUUUAUGUCGGUGGCUGUCAACCAACCCGGCAUCGAUUAUCACGUCGUCUUGGCACAGAACGCCCUACAACACUGCCUGGACAUGCCCGAAUUGCAAACGGAAAUGAUUGGAAUUUUAGUGAAGCAGACUUCGCGGCACACCGGCCAGAAGCUUAGUGUCGGCGUCCAGGUAAACAAGAAACUGGGCAAGCAAACGCGCCAACUACUACUGUGCGCCACGCAGAGUCUAUUCACUUGUGAUACACAACAAGGUGGCGCCGCACAGGCCAACGGCAGUUCACCAACAUCCAUACAGGCACCUGCACCACCACCCAUCAUCGAUUGCAAAUCAAAUCCACCUGCCUACUCGUUCGUCCAAGGCUGGCAAUUGCUCUCACUCGCCGUCUCACUCUUCGUGCCCAAAUCGAGUCGUCUUCUCUGGUAUCUGAAGCUACAUCUGUCGCGUAAUGCGGACACGAAAACCGAAACGGGUAAAUAUGCGGCCUAUUGUGAACGCGCAUUGGAGCGUACAUUGAAGAAUGGCGGUCGCGAAACGAAGCCCUCACGCAUGGAGGUGCUGUCUAUAUUGCUGAAAAAUCCAUAUCAUCACUCACUGCCACAUGCCAUACCGGUGCACAUGAUGAAUACCACGUAUCAGGUCGUCUCUUUCGACGGCUCGACUACUAUCGAAGAGUUUCAAACUACGCUCGCACAAGAGAUCGGUACACGCGACGCCACAAAUGGUUUCUGUCUCUUCAGCGACGAUCCAAUCGAAAAGGAUCUGGAACACUAUCUCGAUCCGCUCGCUAAACUGUGCGAUGUCAUCUCCAAAUGGGAGACGGCUUUACGUGAAAAAGGUUCCGGUAAAUUCGAAAAUACACGCGUCAUACAAUUGACCUACAAAAAUCGCCUUUAUUGGCGGCACACAGUCAAAUUCGAAACGGACAAGGAACGACUGCUGUUUUGCUACCAAACGAAUGCACAAAUCGUGCAGGGACGUUUUCCGUUGUCGCGCGAUCUAGCGCUCGAGUUGGCCUCGCUGAUGUCACAAAUCGACAUGGGCGACUACUCGCACGAAAAAUCACGCGGCACGGGUAGCAAUGUUGGCAUCAAAGCGCUCGAUAAAUUCUAUCCCUACCGCUAUCGCGAUGCGCUCAACGCCGAACAGCUGAAGGAGGUGCAAGAGUUGCUCAUCUCGAAGUGGAUGCUGCUGAAGGGACGUUCAACGCUCGAUUGUGUGCGCAUCUACUUGACCUGCUGCCGCAAAUGGCCCUACUUCGGUGCAAGUCUCUUCCAAGCCAAACCGCGUCACUCUGAUCAGGCCAUGGCCUGGUUGGCGGUUUCCGAGGAUGCGCUUAAUGUGCUCGAGUUAAGCUCGAUGACACCAAUGGCACGCUAUCCGUACACAUCGGUGAUGACUUUUGGCGGCUGUCAGGAUGAUUUUAUGUUGGUUGUCUCCAAUGAGGAUACGUUGGCUACGUGCGGCACACAAGAACAGAAGCUACUCUUCGCCAUGAGCAAACCAAAGAUACUCGAAAUAACACUGUUAAUCGCCGACUAUAUGAAUGCGCUCGGCCACACUGUGCCCGGCACGCCACAAAUGAAUACGCUCACCCGCAAUGGCUCACAUCGUUCGCUGCGUUCACGUCCUGCCGGCGGUGGCACUGGUACCGGUACUGGCACGGGUACCGGGCUCGGCGGCUGCGGCACCACCACAGCUGGUAUGUCCACCAAUGCGACCACCACGGCGCACAACACACUCAACUCGCAUGCCACGCACACGCUCAACUCGACACAUUCGCAUACGCUGAGCUCAUCGCACUACAGUGGUGGCGGUGGUGGCAUCGGUACACAUGUCGGCAGUCAUCAGGGCACCAUGAGCUCUUCACACGGCCAUGCGCAUCAUCAUCAGCCGGAUAUAUUGAAGAGUACGCCCGAUCAUCAGCGCAUCAAGUAGAUCGCAAGAGCAAAAGUGUAAAUAAUCUAGACAUUAGGCGAUUUUUUAUUAUUAGUGUGCGCGCUAAAAAGUAUGUUAAGUUUACGAUUUAGGGAUCGACGACUCAGUUAAACUAUUUCUAUCGACUAUUUCUAGAUCUGAAUCUAGAAUCGAGCUGCAGUUGCUUAUAGCUAACAAGCUACACAAUCUUUUUCGUGCUACUAAAGCUCGCACCAGGUUUCGAUGGUAAAUAAGUAAGCGCAACUUCCACAAAAACCGUUAGGUAUUGCUCACAAAAACCAAAAUUUCUGCUCCAAAGUUAAAAUUUAUUUUUAUCAAAAAAGUACCCUUAACUUUGUGAAGCUUUUAUAUAGCUUUUGAAGCUAUAACGACAUUUCCUGGGCUCGGAAGUCUUCCAAUGCCUACGAAGUAUUCAACCAUAUCGAAAAAGAUAUAACUAGAGCCCGAACCGUUUUCGUAACUCUAUGAUUAAUACUCAUAACUUUCUUUUUUAAUUAGAGACGAAGCUACUAAGAAAUAUCUUAAGUUCUUUACGAAAGAAUUGUCAUGAAUCGAAAGUCGAACUGCUAUGUUUCCUAUUUAAAAAAACAAUAACAAAAAUGAAUGUUGAAGUUAAAUUAUAUACAAACAAAUGUAAAAAAAGCGGCAAAUGUUGUAACGGUAUUUUAGAGUUACUAAACGAAAGUUAAAGUCAUUGCCAAGGAAGCUUUUUCAGUUUUUGUGCUUCUAAGACUUUCGAAGAGCUUAUUUAUCCCUUAAAAAAUUACAAAAAGCCAACAAACUUAAUACUAUUGAUGAAAGCUCAAUAAAGUUUUCAUGAUCUUUUUAUCCCUUCAAAGCUUUUAAAGCAAUUUAGAAGUUUUUUAAUCGAAACAAAUCGACACUGAAAGCUUAUUAGACAUAUUAAUUGAACGAAGAGUGUUUCAAAACAUAAAGCUUAGUAGCAAAUAUUAGUGACAUCUCAAUAACGCUUCCAAGACUUUUUGUUUCUCUUCAGAGCUUACAAAACAAUUUAAAAGUUUUUUUAAAUAUCUUUUUUUUUUUAAUUUAUAGAAGAAAGACAUUUUGGUGUUUUAAGUAUUUUAUAACGCUCAUAAUAAAUGUUUGAAUAACUUUCAAAAGCUCUACAUAUAUAGAGUAUAAUUCGAAAGGCAUAGCUUAAUAUAUUUUUUACAAACUGUUAAGACUCUGAUGUAAUAAGAAUAUUUGCAAAGAUUUGAAUAGUCACCUUUCCCUAAAAGCUCAAAUAGCUUUAAAGCUUUUACAUAAAGUCUUUGCGGGCGUAAAAAUUUUCACAGUUUCAUUAAGAAUUUUAUACAUAUCUAUAUAGAGUAUAAUUCGAAAGUGAAAGUUUAACAUAUGUUUAGAAAGCUAUAAAAGCUUUGUUGUAAUAAAUAAUAUUUGCAAAGAUUUAAGUAGUUAACUUUCCCUAAAAGCUCACAAAACUUUGAAGAUUUCAAUGGCAUCUUUAAAAAGCUUUCAAAGCCUCAGAGCUUUUGUUGAGAAUGCUGUUGGAGCGCAAAUGUAACCGUUUGCAUAACUUUUAACAACUUUUUUACAAAAUUAUAAUGUUAUAUUUAAAAAGCUUUCAAGGCCUUAGAGCUUUUAUUGAAAAUGAUAUAGGAACUCAAAUGUUAUGUAAAUACAAUCAUUUGUAUAGUUUUCAACAACUUUUUAACAUAAUUUUAGUAAGCUCUUGCAAAUCUUUCGAUUUUUUGUCCUGGCUUAAAAAGCUUUAAUUGAAAGCUUUGUGCGUUUGUCAUACAUUUUUUCCGAAAAAUCAUAAUUGAAUACUCUGUCUGUUAGUUAG